AUGUUGCAUCGAAUUUACGGGGACACGAACAAACCCCUGUCGGAAUCCCAGGCCCUGGAUGCUUUGAGAGACCACAGAUUUCGAGUCAAUUUGAAUCGGUGUUUUCCCUGUCGGGCUCUUAUGAACAAUCAGCAACGAAUGGCGGUUGGGAAAACCAUCGUCCAGGGCCCAUCAAAUGACCUCAAUAUCGACGCUGCUCAGGGUAGUGUGGACGACCCAGCACUAGUGAACCUUGUGCGCGCAGGUAUUUUGUCCUCCAAGGGAACAUUCAUUUGUUUGGCGGCCCAAUGGCUGUAUUUCAACCACUUCUUUCAUCGCCCGGCACACGGACAGGCGACAAUCGACGAGCUGGUCAUCUAG